AUGCCACGCCUCGGGCACAAAAAAUCACGACUGGGCUGCCGACAGUGCAAGGCUCGCCACGUGAAGUGUGACGAGCUCAAGCCGUGCUCCAACUGCUCCCGCCAUGGCGUCGCCUGCAGUCUUGUCGCCUGGGACUCCAACACGCCCCAACCGCCCGCCGCCUCGCCGGCAUCUUCCGCGGCUGCUACACACCGACGCACGAAUCAUUCUGAACGACCCAUAGCCGUACGACCCGACCCGCUCUCCACACGAUCCUCAUCGUCGUCGACCCCCCCCUCGCGCCCCGACGCCCACCGCUCCACGACGCUGUCCGAGACGUCGUCCUCGCCCAACUCGCCCCCGGACCAGUAUCCCUUCCUGUCCACCUUUAUACAUCGCCGCGAGCCCUCGCCAGCAAACAUCUGGCUGCGCGACCUCGAGCUUCUCCAUCAUUGGACCACCGAGGCCUAUGCCGACCUGACCUGCCGCCGCGAGAUCCAGCACGUGUGGCAGGUCGAGGCCCCACGUCAUGCAGUCGCCCACGGCUAUCUCAUGCAUGAAAUGCUGGCCUUUGCUGCCUUCCACAAGGUAUACAAGGCCCAAGACGUGGAUGCCCGCCGAGAGUACUACACGUUUGGCAUCCAUCACCAGGACUGUGCCAUAAGGGGCAUCCGAGAAAACAUCCCCAAGCUCAUACCCGAUGAAGCCAUCGCCAUAGUAGCCACGUCCACCUUGCUUACUCUGAGCGUCUUUGCCUCGACGGGCUUCGAGGUCGAGUUCACUCCCUCGCCAUGUGCCAUUGACGGCCUCCUCAACUGCUUUCACCUCAUGCAGGGCAUGGGCAACGUCCUCGCAGUAGCCCACACCAUAGUCCAGGACUCGUUCCUCAUGUCCAUGUUCAGUGACCCGCCCAACGUGACGCCUUCGCAGCCACUACUGGCUGAAUUGAUGCAGCACAUGCCUGCGCUGACCGCCUUCAUCCAAGACAAACAUGACAUGCCUGCGGAUGAAAAAACAAUGUUCCUGAACACGGUGGGCAGCUUCGGCCCCGUUUUGGCCGUUUCCAUGCCUCCCAAAGUCGAUCAUCGCGAGCUGCGCUUCUUGUUCUACUGGCCCCUGCACCUGGCCCCGGAAUUUCUCAAUGCUGUACGACUGCGAAAUUCAGCCGCCAUCGCCAUCAUCAUGUACUACGCCACCAUUCUUCUCGCCGCCGAACCCCACUUCUGGUUCAUGAAAGACUGGGGCCAGCGCGUCAUGCAGGAAUGCUACGAAUCAAUCGACCAAAGCUGGCUUCCGGCCAUACAAUGGCCCCUCACCUUCCUGAACCCAGACUCAACAUGGCGGACCUUUUCCCAUUUAGCUCCGCACCAAGAUAGUACCCGGCAGGCGGGGGAUGGCGUGUAUUCACAGUGGCCACCAGGCGAGAUACCCCAUCGAGACAUGCCUCCCGGGCGCUACACAACCAGUGAUUUGGUAGACAAACGCGCUGCCGCACAGACGCUCGAGGUGCGCUUGUCAGGACCAGGCCUAAGGCCGGUUAUUGCAAUCAACAGGAGUAGCACUUCUUCCAAUAGCCCGCCCCCCACUGCAGAUAAGAACUAG